GUGGACACACCCACACACGAGUGAAGCUGCGGUUUUGUUUGUGUUGCACUUUGCGUAGGUUUCCUUUUCUUGGGCCAACAUGGAAGAGCCUAAGCAAACUCUGUACAUUAAAGGUUUGCCGGAUAAACCUUCCGCGACGGAAGUGAAAAGGGCGCUUUACCUCUACUGCACCCAGUUUGGACCCGUUAAGGCGGUGCUCUACGACAAGUCGAAGGACUUCCACGGCCAGGCGUUCGUCGUGUUCACGGAUGUCGGCACGGCAACCACGGCCCGUCGCUCGCUGCACGACCGGCUAUUUUAUGGUCGUCAAAUCCAAGCAUUUUACGCCCACCGCCAGGCGUUUUGUGUCGAUCCGGGAGAGCGUCGCCGCCGCGACGUUGCGCGAGAGAAGAAGCGGCUGCACGGACUGAAGAAAGAGUAG